GUCCGUUUGACGGCAUUCUCGGUUUCUCUCAAGGGGCGAUUCUGGUAGCUGCUCUGGUGGCUUUGGGCGAGCUGCGCAAAGAUGGCGCCAUGGCUUCCUGCAAAAGCCUUAUUCUGGCGGGCGCAGCUGUACCGGGACCGUUCCGGCGCGAGAUUGCCGAGCUGGCUGAAAGUGGCGACCGCGGCGGCUUUCGAGCUCUACACACGAUCGGCCGUGCGGAUACGAUGAACCCACCCGAGGGCGCGCGGGAGGUUGCUCGCGCUGUUGGUGGUGAGGUAUUCGAGUUUGAUGGAGGCCAUGAAGUGCCACUGGACGAGGCCGCGCUGGAGGCUUACAGCAGCUUGCUUCUUCGGAAAGAGGAUGCAUGA